UUGUGUGUAACAAUAUAUGCGAGCAAAGCAGUUGACUACGAUGUCACAUUUCAUGUAGACAUCGCCUUAGAUGUUCUUGUGUUUGUUUCUGAUUCCAAGGAUUUCUUUUUAGGCUUCACACAUUAUCGAAUCGACAGAGACAAAGAGCUAAUUAUGAUUCAGGAAAACAUUGAGUCGGAGCGAAUAACAGAGGCAGUUAACCAAUUAAAGGCCUCCAAGAUCGAUGCUUCGCUUGCUUCUUUGGAUUAUAUCGGUCAUAAGAGCAGCGUUUUGUCAAGCAACCGAGGUAGCCUCUCUGGCGGUUAUAGUGAUGGGUUUGUUCAAAGUGUGGAGCAACUGGCGGCUGUCCUAGAACCAUCUAACUGGUGCCAGCGAGGCCAUAGCGUACCUGCGUGGUGCAUCAACGUGGAGCCGCUGUCGAGCAUGAGUUCCUGCAUCUCAGUGCUCGCUCGAAUCAAGCCACUUCCCAAAGCGAUGGGGCAUGUGAAACGCGCCUUUGUUAGACAAUUGGAUCAAGCCAAAGCUGGCAAGGUGCUAUUGGGUCUAGUCGGUAAAAGGCAAGCUAUCCUUACCAUCGCUUUCACAACUGAUCAUGCAGCGAAGCUGGUAUCUAAGUUGUGUCUAAUGACUGGUAUUUCAAAGGGGAUUAUGGAGACCUGUCGAGUCCCUCUUUGUCCACCUCGUUCGUGUCGUCAACAGAAGGUGCUCACCUCCCUUCUCAAGGGUGAUGGCGAAAGUCGUAGUUGGCCAUUCAACUUUCACCCAAAUCAAAAUCUUGAGUCACUUCUGUCGUCUGGAAUUCGGAAAGGAGGACAGAAUGAGUGCGACAAACCAUAUUUCUCUGUUGACGAAAUUAAAUGGCACAACCACUGGCUCCGACGAGCUAUUGACCUAGCGAGGAGCAGAUCCAACAAUGUGAAAAAUGCUUCGUGCGAUCUUGAGAACCCAGACUGCGUGUGCACCUGUGUCGUUGUUCGCCCACACUCGGCUAAGGCCUUAAACCCCAUUGAAGCUCAACCACUGGUCGAGGCCGUGUCCACGGACGCCGAAUCCCACAUCGACCAUGCUACUAUGCUUGCGGUUUGCAUAGUUGGUCGGUAUGCUCUAAGAACUGGUCAUGCAUCAAACCUAGUGACUGAUACCCUCUUCAUAGUGUUAGCAUAUUUCUUGAGAAUCAACCGGGAGUUGCGCCAUGCAGCUGACGAAGAUGGGAAUGCAGCGACGAAACACAGUGGGGUAUAUCUCCUAACUGACUGCGACGUCUACCUCUCGACGGAACCAUGUCUCAUGUGCGCAAUGGCCCUGCUUCAUUCGCGCGUUAAGCGAGUUUUCAUUGCCCGUCGUCUCCCUUCCAUCGGCGGAUUGUGUAGCCGAUGGAAGCUUCCGCUAGUCAAAGGCGUCAAUCAUCAUUUUCUUGUAUUUGCACCCUGUGAGACCUAG